CAUCUGUAUCUGCGUCACAGCCAAAACACUGCUGCUCGGGUGAGGACAUCACAGCUCCGAACCACCGUUCGCCCUCUACCCCCUUUUUCUUCUGGAAAUCGUUCCCUAGACAGCUUCAUCAUGGUCAAAGUGACGUUCAACACGGCCCUGGCCCAGAAGGACGUGAAAAAGGACAGCGAGACGCUCAUUCCGGACGGCAAGGACCCCGAGGCGCCAGAGUUUGUGGUCCGCCAGUCAAGGGCUUGGUGCUGGUGCUUCUGCCUGGGACUGGCCCUCAUGCUCUCAGGUGUGGUCGUGGGAGGAGCUUACCUGUACAGGUACUACGUGCUGAAGGAGGGGCAGGUGUUCGUGUGCGGGGUGAGGUACCGCGAGGACGACUACAGGGUUGCAGACUACAACGAGGAGGACGAUGGGAUGCCGGAGGAGCCUGCCGUCAGUCUUCGCAGCAUUCAGGAGACGGUGCGCGUGAUGGAGGAUGACGAGAUGACGCUUAUCCACGUCCCCGUGCCUGAAUUCGGCGACAGCGACCCGGCCGACAUCGUCCACGACUUCAACAAGGGGCUGACAGCAUAUCUGGACCUGAGCCUGGACAAGUGCUACGUGAUCACUCUCAACACGUCUGUGGUCAUGCCCCCCCGAGACCUGGUGGAUCUGCUCAUCAACAUUAAGGCUGGUACCUACCUGCCACAGACAUACCUGGUGCAUGAGCAGAUGAUGGUGACUGAGAAAUUGGAUGACAUGGACCAGCUGGGCUUCUUCAUCAGCAAACUUUGCAGAGGCAAAGACACCUACAGACUGCACCGCCGAGACACCAUACUGGGCAUGCAGAAGCGCGAGGCUCUGAACUGCCACAAGAUCCGCCAUUUCGAGAACAAGUUCGUCGUGGAGACCGAGAUCUGCGAGCCGUGAGAAAAAAAGAAAGAAAACGAGAGAAGGAGACGGAGGAAGCGACUGAGCUUCUCUCACACAGCAGCAGCUUUUUUUUUUUAAAAAAACCACCACCACACUGUGGUGAAGUUUUUUUCAUCUGUUUAUUUUGUAGGCCUUCCUCCUGUACCUUUGUAGCUACAAUGUGAAAGUGUGUUCGAGGUUUUUAAUUUUCUCUAAGCUUUAAGCAUGUCUAAUACUCUUUCAGAGGUAGAAUGUUUCUGAAACGAUAAGGGGAAAGUGCAAAAGAAAGAGCGAGUGUAUAUGUAUGCGUGUUUCUCAUUAAGGAUAUUCUUUACAGUUCUUUUAACUGAUUUGUAGGGGUCCAAGCACCACUUCUUCUACUGAUAUUUGAUGAUAUUUGCUUGACAUUUUCUGAGUGAGAUAAGACGAAACGCUUUAGAAAAUCUGUAAAAAUAGUAACUGCACAAAGUGGCUGGUGAUGAUAUAGAAAUGAUUAUAUUUUUUCGAGGAGUUGAAGAGGAAAUUCUGCAGUGAUUUUUAUACCACUAAGCUAUACGUGAACUAAAGUUUGCUUUUUGUUUUUACUCCUGUCGAGUUUAGCUUUUAAAAGUUUAUAUUUGAAUAGUUGGACUGAUUUCCUGAAGAAAUGGAAUGAUAAAGGAUAUACAGUACCGUUCAAAAGUCUGGAAUUGGCAUAUAAGUAAUUUUUAUUUUAUUAAUUAACAAGAUACACAAUCUAGAUUCAAGUAUUAUAAACUGGACACCAAAAGUUUUUUUUUUUUGUUAAUUUUUUAAAUAAUAAUUGUUGAGAACGGCAAAAAAUUAAUAAGUGUUAAAUAAUAUACUUUGUAAGUUUAUGGUCAUUUCUUAGCAAAUUAUGAUCCUCAAAAUUCGAUCACUACUUUUGAAAUAUGAGGAAAUCUGGAAAUUCAAGGUGGGGUCAUCAAUUUUAGUGGACGUCAACUGUUUUAAACCUCGAUUGUCACAGAUAAAGUGACACUAGCGGACAUCAACACAGCUAAAUUGCUAGCUAACUUUAACCAACAAAGCUAACACAGUUUAUAUUAAUAAAAUCGAUGAUUCCAGACUUUUGAAUGGUAGUGUAUAAUCGAAAUUUAGGAAAAAAUUACAUGGAUAAUUAUAUCCUUUUAAAAAUGUUCAGGUUUUCACUUGAGUAGUUUCUAAUUUCAAAUUGAAAAUUCAUGCAAUAACAGAGCUUUAUUAAUAGCGGCAAGAAAAUGUUUGUAUCACGCGGAGCACAGUACUAUAGAAGUGCUUCGGAAUGUACCACAUAGUCCAGAGAAGCUAUAAUGCUAAACUUGUGUAUAAAAUUCCUGUGAAAGGAACAAAAUAAAGUCUUAAACUUUCUUCA